AUGACCAAGGCUGUGGAAGGUUGUCGGAAAGAAAAUGAAGGAUUCGCUGAAUCUAGUGCCGAAAAAGAAGAAUGCAAAUUCUCUAUUCGCCUUACCAACUUUGUAGGGCCAAAUACGCACUCGUUUUCGUUCGAUCCACUAGUUCGGUAUUGGGAUAAAAAAAGCGACUGUCUACCUAUCUAUAUUGGAAGAUACACCGAGAGAUUUAACGGAGGUGAUGUGUCUGCCAUAGUUUUUCGCUCUAAGGUCGUGAGCCGUAAGCAUGCUCAAAUUUAUCACGAGAAUAAUGCUUGGUAUAUCCAAGAUAUGGGUUCAAGUUCCGGAACAUUUCUUAAUCACGUUCGUUUGUCACCGCCCUCUAAGACUAGCAAGCCUUAUCCCAUUUCUAAUAAUGAUAUUCUCCAGCUCGGUGCCGACUAUCGUGGCGGUUAUGAAAUGCAUUAUCGGUGUGUCCGUGCGCGAGUCGAACUCAAUAAUUCUUGGAAAAUUAGAAUUAAUCCUUACAAUUUAAAUGAAUUCCGCCGCGUUCAAGAACUAGCUGUAUCUGGUUCAACGGAUAAUGGUCCUCCCGAGUGUUGCAUAUGUUUAAUGCCUGUUUUACCUUGCCAAGCACUCUUCUUUGCUCCUUGUUCCCACACUUAUCAUUAUAAAUGCAUACGUCCAACUCUGGCAGAAAGCCAUCCAUACUUUAGUUGUUUUAUAUGUCGGAAAUACCACGAUUUGGAAGCACCAGUCGAAGAGGCUGACGAAUGUUUGAAUGACCUCCUGUUACAUACCACCGUUAAAGAGUAA